AAGAAGAAGAAGAAAUGCUUCUGGGAGAGGUGAACGGGGUGAGGCUCCGUGCAGUUUUAAGGAAGUGUUUCCACAGACAGACUAAAAACUUUUCUUCUUCAGCUUAGAAACACAUCAGCUACUCUCUCCAACACUCAAAUAUGGCUGUCAGUAAAGAACCAACCAUGUACAAUAAUGAGGAGAUCCGGAUCGUGAUGGUGGGGAAGACCGGAGCUGGGAAGAGCGCCACAGCGAACACCAUCCUGGGAAAGGAAGAAUUCAAAUCAAGGUUCUCCUUUAAAUCUGUGACUGAAGGCUGCGCUAAGGCGUAUGGUGAGCUGGAUGGACAGAAGGUUUCUGUCAUCGACACUCCAGGUCUGUUUGACACCAAUACUGACGCAGUGACGACACGUGCAAAUAUCGUCCGGUGUAUGGCUUAUGCUUCUCCUGGACCACAUAUCUUUCUGAUUGUCAUCAAACUGGAACGAUUCACAGAAGAAAUACAGAAGACGGUGGAGAAGAUUCAACAAAUCUUUGGAGAGGAAGCAAACAAAUACAGCAUGGUUCUCUUUACCCAUGGUGACCAGCUCAGAGGGCAACCUAUCGAAGAGAUCUUGAAGGAAAGCGAAGACCUGCAGGAGCUUGUGGCCAAAUGUAACGACCAGUACCACGUCUUUGAUAACAACCUCUCUGAUAGUUCUCAGGUCACUGAGCUGCUCAACAAGAUCAGAAAAAUAACAGAAAAGAACACAGGAAACCAUUACACCACUGAGAUGUUUCAGAAGGUAGAGAGGGCGAUUGAAGAGGAGAAACAGAGAAUCCUGAAAGAGAAAGAAGAGGAAAUGAGGAAAGAGAGGGAGAAACUGGUGAAAUUAUCUAAAUUAUUAACAUCAGUUGGCGAACCACUUGAUAAUAACCUUUUACUGAAUGAGAUGAUUGAAAAAAUAGCUAGAAGAGAUGCAGAGAACAGCCCUGCAUUGUUCAGAUAUUUAAUGGAAAUCCUUCAGAUAGGGUUGGAAUUUUAUCGUGUUUAUAAAGGUGUGAGAGAUUGAACACAAAAUAACAGCUCAAUAUUGCUGAAAUGAUUCUUCAACAUCAUUACAAUUUAAGUGUCUAAAACUGAUCUGACUCUGCAAAAAUGAAUGUUAUCUUUCACACGAGACACAUGUUUGGUGAAUCCUUGCUGCGAGGACAAACUUGGUGACAAAAUAAACAUCUUCCUGUGACUAUUUUACAUUCCCCCUGAGGUCAGAGGCAUUUCCCCUACUAUAUUAAAAGGGUAUUCUUUUACACAAAUAAUCGUUCUUUCAUCAUGAUCUCAAAUACAGUAUAGCAUUUAAGUUUUAAGUCAGUUAACAUGUUAAUAAUGUCUUAAUACCUUUACAUUAUAAAAAAAAUACACAUAUUGUGUCAUGUGGCUUCUUGCUGUUGUUAAUGUUGUAAACAUUAAGAGAAAGAUCCUUAAGCGUUGAUUAAAUAUUAUAGUAACCCGGUUAAGGUUAGUUAAGAAAUUAAGAGGUUUUCUCAAGUAAAUGGUGUUUGUUAUUCUUUUACUGGAGGAUGCUACAAAUCUUGUUAAUGUGUUCGAGCCAAAGUGAAUAACCAAAAUGUGCUUUCUUUAUCAUUUCAAUAAAAUGUUGUAACUCAG